ACAGCUUGACCACCUUUACACUUUGAAAAGCUAACAAAGAUCCUACCAAGAGACCUCAACAUGAUUCUUUUAUGGAUUACUCUGCUUCUUCUCCAUCAAGGAUAUGCGCUGAUCUCAGUGACAACAGUUCAGCUUGGUGAAUCUGUAACCUUCACAUGUUCUUUCCCUCAAUCAGAGCAUAGCAAUAUACGAGUCAAGUGGUAUAAACAGAGUAUUGGUGAUACCCUUACAUUAAUUACCUCGCUAAUGAAAGCUACCGCAAAUCCUACAUUUGAAGAAGGGUUUAGUCCCUCACGAUUUCACGUAAAACAUACCACCAUCUCGAGUAAUCUGAUCAUUCUGAGGACAAUCCAAGAAGAUGAGGGACUGUAUCACUGUGCAGUUACUACGUGGAGUAAGGAUCAGUGGACUGGCACGUAUUUGUCUUUAAAAGAAAACACCAAGAGGAUGUCAGACUACACUGUUGUUCAAAGGCCGACAGUGUCUGAUCGAGUUUAUCCAGGAGACUCAGUGACUCUUCAGUGUUCAGUCAUCUCUCACUCAGAGAAGCACUCCUGUCCAGGUGAUCACAGUGUGCACUGGUUUGGAGUCAGUCCGGAUCAAUCUUUUCCAAACAUAAUUUAUGCUUACGGAAAUGGACCUGAUGAAUGUGGCAAGAAACCUGAUGCACGUUCUCCGACGAAGAGCUGUGUUUAUCACUUCUCUAAGAACGUCAGCUCCUCUGAUGCUGGGACUUACUACUGCGCUGUGGCCACAUGUGGGGAGAUUUUAUUUGGAAAUGGAACAAAAGUGGAGAUUGAAGGAACCAGCUUGUGGUCCUUCGGUGUUUUACAGGACAGUAUGAGUAUGCUUCUGCUGUGUGCUGUCUUGGCUAUAAGUCUGAUUGUUGUAGCCUUCCUUAUUUAUGCCGUGAAGAAAAGCAAGUGUGAUUAUUGCAACGCUGCUGUUUCCCUUAAGGAAAAUAUUGCAAAAAGGAAUUUAAAGAGAGAUGAGGACAAGUGGAUUUACUCAGCUGUUGUCUUUACCAUGAUGAAAACUGGGAGCGGUGGAACGAGAGAUGCAAAAACAAAGGGCAGAGAGAGAACGUACGCUGCUGUCAAGGCUUUUGGGUUGGAUUAGUGAAUUAAAUGGACUGAUAUAUGUUAUAUGUCAUAGUUGAUGUUAUUCUGUUUAAAGCUAAAGGUUGUUGUUAUAUGUGGCUAUCAUGUAGGGUUGUACACAGAAUAUACAUUCAAGUUGGCGGUCUAUUAGGUACACCUUGAUAAAAACGAAUGUAGUCUAAUAGAACAGUCCUGUAAUAAAUCCUCUUUCAUGAGAGUUAUAAUGUUCUGUUCUUAUUGAAACUGUUUCAGAGAAGUGUUGAUUCAACAGUAUGAUCAUUUUGUUGGCUGUUGAACUGCAUCACAUUAUGCAAAGAGGUGUCUCUGUUGUUAAGCCCACCCUCACUGAUGUGAAUGGGUGGGCAAAACACCUGUGAACACAAUGCAAUGCAGUUCAACAGCACCGCAAAUUGCAGCCUCUAAAAUGAUCGUUCAGUUGAAUCAACAACACUUUAACACAGUUAGAACAAAAACUGAA